AUGUGUGAAUAUAGUUCAUGUACUUCGCUGUCUUGUCGACUUUAGAAGGAACUAUUUGGUAUUUUGCGUUCAUAUUUCGGGAAACUUGCUUCGGAGACUUAAUUACGCAGGUGUUCUGCUAGCAUGGCGAACAUUGCGGUCGACAAAGAUGCAUUUUACCGGCGAAUGAAGAAAAUAUAUACUGAAUGGGAGAAUGAAGAGGAGAACAGCAAGCUGUACUCGUUGGAUGCUAUUGCUUCAGCCGUAGGUGUGGAUGAGGAUAUAGUGUAUGCCAAAUCAACUGCUCUUCAGACAUGGCUGUUUGGGUACGAGCUGACCGACACCAUCAUGGUGCUCUGCAAGGAACACAUCUACUUCCUGGCCAGCAAGAAGAAGGUGGAGUUCCUGCGUCAGGUCGCUUCAAACCGAGAGAAGGAGAACCAGAACGGAGUGCCACAGAUCACUCUCAUGACCAGGGAGAAAGGAGACUCCAACAAAGCGAACUUUGAGAAACUGGUGACAGCUAUCAAGGGGAGCAAGGAGGGCGCGAAACUUGGUACAUUCCAGAAGGACAAGUUUCCCGGUGAUUUCAUGGAGGGAUGGAGGACAGCGCUCUCCAACGGAGGCUUCCAACAGGUCGACAUCAGCCCUGACUUUGCUCGGAUGAUGGCCGUAAAGGAAGAGAAAGAGAUCAACAUGAUCAAGAAAGCAUGUCAGGUGACCUGCGAUGUCUUCACAAAGAAACUCAAGGAGGACAUCAUGGAGAUCGUUGAUGCUGACAAGAAAGUGAGACACAACAAGCUUGCAGAGAGCUUAGAGCAGGCCUUGGAAGAGAAGAAGUACUUGGGUGGUGUGGAUCCUUCACAGGUUGAGAUGUGUUACCCACCCAUCAUUCAGAGUGGUGGCAUCUACAAUCUCAAGUUUAGUGUGGUCAGUGAUGAACACAAGAUGCACUUUGGAGCCAUCACAUGUUCCAUGGGGGUGAGGUACAAGUCCUACUGCUCCAACAUCGUGCGCACCAUCCUGGUGGAUCCCACGGAGGAGCAACAGCAGAACUAUCAGCUCCUGCUGGAGGUGGAGGAGGCAAUACUCCAGGAGCUCAAACCAGGUGUGAAGGCAUGCGAUGUGUUCCAUGCCGCGGUCAACCUAGUCAAGGAAAAGAAUUCCAAACUGGUUGGGAACCUCACAAAGAAUGCUGGAUUCUUGACCGGAAUUGAGUUCCGUGAAGGCACGAUGGUCCUCAAUGCCAAGACGGAGGAGACGGUCAAGAAGGGUAUGGUGUUCAGCAUCAACGUCGGUUUCUCCAACCUGGACAACUCUGCAGGGAAGGAUUCCACAAGCAAAAAGUACGCCCUCUUUAUCGGAGACACAGUCAUGGUGAACGAGGAGGGGGCUGCCAAAUUAUUGACCCCUGUUAAGAAGAAAGUCAAGAAUAUCGGUAUUUUCCUCAAGGGAGAAGAUGAGCAAGAGGAAGACAAGGAGGUCCAGAAGAAGGAGCAGGAACAACUCCUUGGUAAGGGAAUGAGGAGAGCCGUGCUGGAGAGCAAACUUAGGACGGAGACUUCGACAGAAGAUAAACGUAAACAGCGCCAGCGGGAGUUGGCCGGAGAAAUGAACGCGGAAGCUAGACAGAGGUUAGCUCAGUCUAAGGAUACGAAGAGUGAAGUCAAGAUGCAGAAAUCUAGCGUUGCCUAUAAGAACCUGUCACAGAUGCCAAGAGAGCCCGACAUCAGGAAACUCCGCCUCUUCGUCGACAAGAAAUAUGAAUCGGUUAUCCUGCCUGUCUUCGGGAUAGCCACACCCUUCCACAUAUCUGCUAUCAAGAACAUAAGUCAGAGUGUUGAGGGUAACUACACCUAUCUCCGUAUCAACUUCCAUCAUCCUGGCAGCACUAUGGGGAAAACCGAAGGGAACAUCUUCAUUAACCCUGAGGCUACAUUCAUCAAAGAACUGACGUACAGGAGUUCAAACACCAAGAAUCCCGGCGAGUCCACCAUUCCAUCAGCUAACCUCAACCUGGCAUUCCGUCUCAUCAAAGAUGUCCAGAAGAAAUUCAAGACAUUAGAGGCCGAGAAGAGGGAAAAGGAGGGUAUUGUGAAACAAGACAAGCUAGUCGUCAACCCAAACCGAGGCAACCCCAAGCUGAAGGAUCUUUACAUCAGACCAAACAUUGUUCAGAAGAGAAUGCAGGGCUCACUAGAGGCACACGUCAACGGUUUCCGUUACACCUCAAUGCGAGGAGACAAAGUUGAUAUCCUGUACAACAACAUCAAACACGCCAUCUUCCAGCCUUGUGACGGAGAGAUGAUCAUCGUCCUUCACUUUCACCUCAAGAAUGCUAUCUUGUUUUCAAACAAACGUCACCUUGACAUCCAAGUGUAUACUGAAGUGGGAGAGAUCACCACCGAUCUUCUCAAGCAUCAUAACAUCCACGACAGAGACGACAUCGCCAGUGAACAGGCUGAGAGGGAGUUGAGACACAAGCUCAAGUCUGCCUUCAAGAACUUCAUCGAGAAGGUCGAGAGCCAGACCAAAGGAGACAUCGAGUUUGAGGUUCCAUUCCGAGACCUGGGCUUCCCUGCUGUACCACAUCGGAGCACCGUUCUCCUCCAACCCACCAGCAGCUGUAUCAUCAACGUCACCGAAUGGCCUCCUUUUGUGAUCUCCUUAGACGAGGUGCAGCUGGUCCACUUUGAGAGAGUCCAGUUCCACAUCAAGAACUUUGACAUGCUCUUCAUCUUCAAGGACUACGCCCGUAAGGUUGCCAUGGUGAAUGCCAUUCCAAUGAACCUUCUGGACCAGGUCAAGGAUUGGCUCAAUUCAUGUGACAUCAAGUAUACAGAGGGUGUCCAGUCUCUCAAUUGGCCUAAGAUCAUGAAAACCAUCGUGGAUGAUCCUGAAGGAUUCUUUGAAGGAGGAGGAUGGAGUUUCUUGGAGCCAGAGUCGGAGAAUGAGGAGGAUGAUGAUGAUGAUGAGGAAGGAGAUGGAGCUUUUGAGCCGUCAGGAUCAGAAUUUGAGGAGAGCGAGUCAGACAGUGAAUACAGCGAAGACUCUGAGGCAGCAUCAGAAAGUGACUACUCAGAGGAGCUUGGAAGCAGCGAAGAGAGCGGAAAAGACUGGGAUGAGCUGGAGGAAGAAGCAGCCGCAGCCGAUCGACGGAAGGACCUUAACAUGGACGAAACCCCCGCCACCACCACGUCUAAGAGCAGUAAGCGUGCACCUCCACCGCCCCCGAAGAGGAAGCGAUCGCGCUCGCGCGGUGGAAGGCCCUCGCCUGCCAAGAAAUCAAGACGUCGCUGAGAAUACAAUCACGGCAUCGCUGAGAAUACAAUCACGGCUAGAAAGCAAGCAUCACAUGUCCACAUUACUGUCCAGGGACCCGUUUCACAAAGCCCUUUAUCAAUGACAAAUGACAAAAAUUAGUGACAAACCUGUUGAUAACCAAUCAGAAGCAAGGAUUUCAGUAGCUUAUAACAAAAAUUGUCAUUUGUCACUGAUGGCAAAUUUUGUGAAACACCCCCCAGGUUGAACAUAUCGGUUUAGAAAUACAAGCCUCGUUAACACUCGAGUAAUUAAACCAAAGGAAGAAAAAAAACAGCGCUGCAAAAUAAAUAGCUUUUACGAGUAAGUGAAUGACAGGAGAGGAUACAAAAAUAAGUAGCUGCUUGCAACCAAGGCACUUAUGCAUACACUGAUCCAUGUGUCACAAUGUACAUGUUUUAAUGUGCACUAUGCUCAUGUCAUAUUAUUUUUCUGCAGCAUGUUUUUUUUAAACCCGGUUUAAAACAUGUGUGAAUGAAGCUAUAUAAAACUUCAUAUUGAGAGAGAAGAGACCAACAAAGAAAGUGCACAGGAGCUCUUGAAAGCUUCAAGAUUGCUCUGGUAAGUUGAACAAGAGAGCUGUGAUAUAACAACAAGAAAAUAUUUAAUCUCACUGUGAGAAAAUUGCACUUAUCCAACACAAAAUCCUUUAAAAAAAAGCUUCUGCGGACAAAUAAGUAUUUUUUAACUGGAAGAGACUGAGGACUGUCACUACGACAGGAGAGAUAUAACUCACAAAGAUAGACUUUAUUUGAAACAGCCUUACAAAUAUUAUUAUUUUCUCUGAAAUUGUGAUUUUAUUUGGGGAACCAGACUUGGCCCCUCACUCGGAGGCUUUGGCAAACGUUAAAGGUAUUUCUCCCUUUGUAAGCAAAAUCACAUUAUUCACACAUUUGGUCAUCCCCCCGCCCUAUUCUAAGACAUCUAGCCCCUACUGUGUGAGCCAUUCGAUUUUCACCUGGUUAUUAAAUGCUCAAAUUUCAUGUCCUGUUUUCUCAAAGAAAAAUACUUUGUUGUAAGUUCUUGUGUGACAGAAAAGUCAAAUUUGGCUUGUUGAAGGAUGUCUUUGAUGUCCAAAUUCAUGUUUUUGUAUAUAGAUGUUUUACCUUUGAAUAAAUACAAUAUAACCAUGUUUUUUCUAGCACUGAUUUCAUCUAUGUUUGUAAAAGAAAUUUGAUCUUAUAUACAUUCAGCAGAGCUCACUUUCAUAUGAUGUUCCGCAUCUAGGUGAAAUUAUUUAUGCAGAUUAUUCUUCAAGAAGACAAAAGCUGUGAGCUGUACAUAAUAUCGUAGAUUGCCGAGAAUUUUGUAUGACGAAAAAUUCAUUUUUUCAUGUAAUAUUUGAAUUUGUAAUGUUUGUGUUUGUCAAAAAAACAUGAGUUUAGUGUAUUAGUGUAAAAAACAUUGUAUUGGUCAUUGUGUUGUGUAAUUCAUAUAUUUUCAUGUACAUGGUACUUGAGAUAUUGUGUCCAAAUAAAUGUAGAUUUUGAGGACAAA